AUGCCCUCUACGACAUCAACAACUCUAACAACUUCAAAACGUGUCACUCUUAUUUCUACAGCACCACGAACGAUGCUUACAGAACCUCCUUUAAGAGAUGUAUUAAUUUCAACGAUCUUGCCUUCCUUAACGGUAGCUCCAGUUCCUAAAUUAGAAGCACAAAAUUGGUGGUACUGGUGGUGUUGGUGGUAUCCAUCAAUGAUGACAGCAAAUAUCUUAUUUUCAAGAUUCAAAUAUUUUAUUCCCAAAGUUGAAGAUUUUGACGCAAAUAUUCGAUGCAAUCCGAAUGCUUUGGAGUCACUGCAUAGCUUAUGGUAA